AUGGAAUUUGGAUUUGUCCCUGUGCUGUGUGUGAUUGCUGCUGCUGGAUCUGUCUGGUUUGUGACGCUCUGCUGUCCCUCCCAGGUGGCACUGCCAGCGCUGUCCCCCACCAUGCAGAUGGGCACCAUCGCACGCUGGGAGAAGAAGGAGGGGGACAAGAUCAAUGAAGGGGAUCUCAUAGCAGAGGUGGAGACAGACAAAGCUACAGUUGGCUUUGAGAGCCUGGAGGAAUGUUACCUGGCCAAGAUCCUGGUGCCAGAAGGAACAAGGGAUGUUCCUAUUGGGGCCAUAAUAUGUAUCACAGUAGAAAAGCCUGAAUAUAUUGAUGCCUUCAAAAAUUACACCCUGGAUUCUGCAGCAGCUGCUGCCCCUGCAGCCUCAGUGCCUCCCCCUCCAGCUGCAGCCCCCUCCCCACCACCUCAGCCUUCUCCUCAGGCCCCUGGCAGCUCUUACCCUCCUCACAUGCAGGUCACUCUCCCUGCUCUGUCACCCACCAUGACGAUGGGCACAGUGCAGAGGUGGGAGAAGAAGGUUGGGGAGAAGCUGAAUGAGGGAGACUUGCUGGCUGAAAUUGAGACAGAUAAAGCCACAAUAGGCUUUGAAGUGCAGGAGGAAGGUUACCUGGCCAAGAUCUUGGUGCCUGAAGGAACAAGAGACGUGCCCUUAGGAGCUCCUCUGUGCAUCAUUGUGGAGAAGGAGGCUGAUAUCCCAGCCUUUGCUGACUACCAGGCUGCUGCAGUCACUGACAUGAAGGCUGCAGCUCCUCCUCCUCCUCCUCCCCCGGUGAUGGCAACUCCUGCAGCUGCUCCUCCUCCUCCUCCCCAGCCUGCUGCUGCUCCUGCUCCAGCAGCCCCAAAAGCAGCACCACCCCACAAAGGAGGAAGGGUUGUGGUCAGUCCCCUGGCAAAGAAAUUGGCAGCAGAGAAAGGAAUCGACCUUACCCAAGUGAAAGGUACUGGACCAGAUGGCAGAAUCACCAAAAAAGAUGUGGAGUCAUUUGUGCCAUCAAAGGCUGCUCCAGCUGCAGCUCCGGGGGCAGUUCCUGCAGCUGCUGCAGCACCCGAGGGCACCUUCACAGACAUCCCCAUCAGCAACAUCCGCAGGGUCAUUGCUCAGAGGCUGAUGCAGUCCAAACAAACAAUACCUCACUACUACCUGUCCAUCGAUGUGAACAUGGGAAAAGUCCUGGUGCUAAGGAAAGAGCUCAAUCAGGAGGUCCCAGCUAAUACUAAGCUUUCUGUCAACGAUUUCAUUAUUAAAGCUUCUGCUUUGGCAUGCUUGAAGGUGCCUGAGGCAAAUUCUUCAUGGAUGGACACAGUUAUUAGGCAGAAUCACGUGGUGGAUGUGAGUGUGGCUGUCAGCACCCCUGCAGGGCUCAUCACCCCCAUCGUCUUCAACGCUCACAUCAAGGGCCUGGCUGCCAUCAGCAGGGACGUGGCUUCCCUGGCAGCCAAGGCCCGGGAGGGGAAGCUCCAGCCUCAUGAGUUCCAGGGUGGGACUUUCACAAUUUCCAAUUUAGGAAUGUAUGGGAUUAAGAAUUUCUCUGCGAUAAUCAAUCCACCUCAAGCCUGCAUCCUGGCAGUGGGUUCCUCAAAAGAAAUACUAGUGCCAGCUGAUAAUGAGAAAGGCUUUGACGUGGCCAGCAUGAUGUCUGUCACCCUGAGCUGUGACCACCGUGUUGUGGAUGGAGCAGUUGGAGCACAGUGGCUUGCUGAGUUCAAGAAUUUCCUUGAAAAGCCAGUAACCAUGCUGCUAUAAUUUAACCAUGCAAAGCAGAAUUUUCCUGGGUCACACUGUUGUGUUUUAAACAAGCUGUUUAGACUUUAGUGUUCAGACUUUGAGAGAGUUUCUU